UGUAUGGAUGAGGGCCUGGUAUUUUUACAACCCCAUAAUUUUACUCUACUAUUAUUAUUAUUAUUAUUAAUUUUUUUUCUUUAUUGUUAAUGUUAUUAUUAGUAAGAGGGAAUGGUGAUUGCCGGAAAUUCAAUGGGGCGGAGGGGUUGUCGGAGUUAGUGGAGUAUGAAGGGGUGAGCAGAUGAUGAUGAUGAUGGAAAGGGUGAGUUUCUUAUAGAGGGCAAAUGUGUACUUUUACUCAAAAAACACGGGCGUUUUCAGGAAAAUCAAGGCGUCGUUUAACAACACCCAAAAAUAAAAUAAAAAAUCCUCAAACUCCAAAUCGUAUAGUGGCAUCUGCUAUUCCUCCCGCCUCCAACAAAACCACCAUCUCGUAGUUGUAUCACCACCUCUAGUCGGCGGUGCCCCUCCCAACCACCUCUCCUUCGCCGCUGCAGCCCUUAUAGUUUUGCUGUCUUUGGCAGGAAAAUGAAUGUCAGCACGGAGGAAGACAUCCAGCCAGAUGGGAGCGAAAGCUCAUCAGCUACAAAUGCUGAUGUAAAUGGUAUUCAAAGGGAGUCAAAAUUGGAAUUGUUUGGUUUUGAUUCUCUUGUGAAUAUUUUAGGUCUUCGAAGUAUGACUGGAGAGCAGAUUCAAGCCCCGUCUAGUCCUAGAGAUGGGGACGAUGUGUCCAUUAUCCUUGAGCGCCCAAAGGAUUCUGAUGUCAAGUUGGGAACCUUGAUGGGAGUAUUUUUGCCAUGCUUGCAAAGUAUUCUGGGGAUCAUAUACUACAUCCGAUUUACUUGGAUUGUUGGUAUGGCAGGCAUAGGUGAGUCCUUAUUUCUCGUGUCGUUCUGCUGCAUGUGCACGUUCUUGACAGCUGUGUCGUUAAGUGCAAUUGCAACAAAUGGUGCAAUGAAGGGUGGGGGACCAUAUUAUCUCAUUGGCCGUGCUCUUGGUCCAGAAGUCGGUGUCAGCAUUGGGCUUUGUUUCUUUCUGGGAACUGCAGUUGCUGCAUCACUCUAUGUGUUGGGAGCUGUUGAAACAUUCCUCAGUGCUGUGCCAAGUGCUGGGAUUUUUACAGAAACCAUUACAAAGGUGAAUGGCACAACUGUCAGCCCCAUUCACCAGCCGAGUGUUCAUGAUCUGCAAAUUUAUGGGAUUGUGGUGACCAUCAUCCUCAUUUUUAUUGUAUUUGGUGGUGUAAAGAUGAUCAACCGAGUAGCACCUGCUUUCCUCAUACCGGUGUUGUUCUCAGUGUUCUGUAUAUUUAUUGGAAUAUUUGCGUCUAAAGAAGACAAGCCUGUUGAGGGAAUUACUGGCAUGAGUUUAACGACUUUCAAAGACAACUGGAGUUCUGCUUACCAAAUGACUAAUAAAGCUGGCAUACCUGAUCCUAAUGGAUCGACCUAUUGGAGUUUCAACGCAUUGGUUGGCCUUUUCUUUCCUGCUGUAACGGGCAUCAUGGCUGGUUCAAAUCGCUCUGCCUCCCUGAAAGAUACUCAGUAUUCAAUCCCUGUUGGAACAUUGGCUUCACAACUCUCAACCACUGGUCUGUAUCUAAUCUCAGUUUUGAUAUUUGGGGCUUUUGCAACAAGGGAAAAGCUUCUGACGGACAGGUUACUUACAGCAACAGUUGCUUGGCCUUUUCCAGUAAUUAUUUACGUGGGAAUUAUUCUGUCAACUCUGGGCGCUGCUCUCCAGAGUUUGACUGGUGCGCCACGCUUAUUAGCAGCAAUUGCAAAUGAUGAUAUUUUACCUGUUCUUAAUUACUUCAAGGUAGCAGAUGGGGGCGAACCGUAUAUUGCCACUCUCUUUACUGCCUUCAUUUGUCUUGGGUGUGUCGUGAUUGGGAAUCUGGAUCUCAUCUCUCCCACAAUCACUAUGUUUUACCUGCUGUGCUAUGCGGGUGUGAACUUAUCCUGCUUCCUUCUGGACCUUCUUGAUGCUCCUAGCUGGCGCCCGCGGUGGAAAUUUCACCAUUGGAGCCUCUCACUUUUUGGAGCAACUAUUUGCUUAGUGAUCAUGUUCUUGAUCUCCUGGUCAUUCACGAUUGUAUCUCUUGCCCUUGCAUGCCUUAUUUACAAAUAUGUGUGCAUCAAAGGGAAAGCAGGCGAUUGGGGUGAUGGUUUCAAGAGUGCUUAUUUUCAACUUGCCCUUCGAAGCCUUCGUUCUCUUGGAGCAAAUCAAGUGCAUGCAAAGAACUGGUAUCCUAUCCCGUUGAUCUUCUGCCGGCCUUGGGGUAAGCUGCCAGAGAACGUACCAUGUCACCCCAAACUUGCAGAUUUUGCGAAUUGCGUGAAAAAGAAAGGUCGUGGAAUGUCAAUCUUUGUCUCCAUCCUUGACGGCGACUAUCUUGAAUGUGCUGAGGAUGCCAAAAUUGCCUGCCAGCAGUUGAGUUCAUACAUUGAAUACAAGCAGUGUGAAGGUGUUGCAGAAGUAGUUGUAGCUCCCGACAUGUCUGCUGGCUUCCGUGGUAUUAUCCAAACCAUGGGCCUCGGAAAUCUUAAACCUAACAUCGUGGUAAUGCGGUACCCUGAAAUUUGGCGUCGUGAAAACCUUACAGAAAUUCCAUCCACCUUUGUUGGAAUAAUAAACGACUGCAUUGUAGCAAACAAAGCAGUUGUCAUAGUCAAGGGUCUUGAGGAAUGGCCCAAUGUAUUUCAACGGCAGUUUGGCACAAUCGAUCUGUAUUGGAUUGUACGAGAUGGAGGUCUCAUGUUGCUUCUCUCACAGCUUCUUUUGUCUAAGGAGAGCUUUGAGAAUUGCAAAAUUCAAGUGUUUUGCAUAGCAGAAGAAGAAACUGAUGCCGAAAUCCUCAAAGGAGAUGUAAAGAAGUUUCUAUAUGAUCUUCGAAUGCAGGCAGAAGUUAUUGUUAUUACAAUAAAAACAUGGGAUGCUCAAGCAGAUGAUGAAUCAAUCAAAGCAUUUACAGGUGCUCAAAGCCGGGUUGCUGAUUACAUGUUGAAGAUGAAAGAAACAGCUGAGAGGAAAGGGGAAGGUAGUCCUUUAAUGGCUGAUGGUAAACCUGUAAUUGUGAAUGAACAGCAGGUGGAGAAGUUUCUUUACACAACCUUGAAGUUGAAUUCAACUAUGCUCAGAUACUCGAGAAUGGCGGCUGUUGUACUUGUUAGCUUACCACCGCCACCUCUCCACCACCCGUCAUACUUUUAUAUGGAAUAUUUGGAUCUUUUGGUUGAAAAUAUUCAGAGGCUUUUGAUUGUAAGAGGAUACAGGAAAGAUGUGGUCACGUUGUUUACAUAACUUUUGGACCCCUAAUUUUUGCAAUGAGGAUCAACCAGAAACUUGGAAUGGCA